AUGAGUAUACAAACUUUCUCGAGACUUUUGCCUAUAUUUAUGAAUACUGGAACUUUCUUAGAAUAUAAAACUUAUGGAACAACAAUAAAGAUUCUUUUGACGUGUGGGCUGGUUAAGAACGCGAAGGGUCAGAAAGAAGGGUUGGAUAUGAACGAG